AUGGUAAAUACUUACCAAGAGUUAAACAAGGCUGGUGUGAAUGACCAAGCUGCAAAACACAAGAAGAGAGAGUUGGAUCUCAGGAUGGAUUGUCUUAUCAAUGCUGACCAAUGUACAGGACUGAUGUGCAGAAGGAAAGUAUUUGAUGUCUGCUUUGAUAAUGAAGUGGCUGACUUUGACCACCUUGACUGCAACCCAGAGUGCAUUUUGGGCUGUUCCUGCUGCCUGAUAUUACAGCCUAUGGUUUGCUGUGAUAUUCACCAUCCUGACCAUUUUUCCAUUUAUGCUGAUGAACCUUCUGUUAUGUCACACCAUUCAUGCCUUUCCAAGUACACAAAAAAAGUGCCUGACCUUGUAUUGCAAGAUGCCCUUGAUGAUUGGCAUGAGCAGAAAACUAUUUCAACAUAUAGCUGGUCCCACCUCAAUGAUCUUGGUCCUUCCCUUGUUCUCCCCAAUUGCAUGCUAGACCGCAUUGUCAACUGUGCUCAUCACCACAAAAUCAACAGCAUAUUUGACCUGAAGAAGGAGACAGGGUGGAUGGACAGUGAUAGGUUUGGCAAUGAGAUCAUUACGCUUAUUCAAAGGCAUGCACCACCCAUUGCCAGCCCUUUUGUCACAACACCUCUAAGUUAUCCAUCCACUGGCAAUGUUCCAGUACUUGCUACUCCUUGUCCCACUGCAAGAACCAACACUCCCAACUUGAAGCAUAGAAAUAAGUGUGGUGCCUGCAAUAAUGAAGGUCACAAUGGUAAGUUUCAAGUUCUCAAGUUCCCCUGA